AUGUUAGGCAUGUGUACAAAGUGUGGUCGGUCGAUUAUGGGUUCAGCUAACGGCUGCACUGUCCUCAGUCAACUUUAUCAUACAUCAUGCUUCACAUGCUGCAAAUGUGGUGUUGGACUGAAAAAUGUUCCAUUCUAUUCGGCUGAUGGUCAGUCUUUCUGUGAAAAGUGCCAUCUUAUGAGCUUGCCGAAAUGUGAUACCUGCCUGAAACCUAUUGCUGAUAGAGUUUUGACAGCAGUGGGCAAAAAUUAUCACCCUGAUUGCUUUUGUUGCGUCGUUUGUAACUCUUCUUUGGACAACACCCCGUUCACUGUGGACAACAGCGGUCAACCACACUGCAUUGAAGACUUUCAAAAAAAAUACUCCCCAAGAUGCGACGGGUGUAGUGGUCUUAUUGUGCCUGACGAGAACAGUGGGAAGGCCACCAGGGUCACCAUACUCAAUAUGAACUUCCACGUUGCUUGCUACAAAUGCCAGGAUUGCAAAGUGCUUCUGACACCAGUCACGCUGUCGUCGUCAGCAACAUCAACAAACAACAACAACAACAACAAUGCAGACAACAGCACUAGAUGUUUUCCAUUAGAUGAUAUGUUACUCUGUCAAAAGUGCCACAUUAAGAGGAUAAAUAAACUCACUAAUAAAGCCAACACUGAUGUUUAAUAGUGAUGACAUGUUGAUAACGACGGUGAUGAUGAUGAUGAUGAUGAAUUUGAGGAUGGUGACUGAACUGGUUAUAGCUACAAUAAUGAAAUAAAGACGAAACUAAGUAUGAUUAAAA